UUUAAACGUGUGUGUGUGUGUGUGUGUCCGAGCGAGAGAGAGAGAGUGAGAUAGAGAUAUAGCGCGAUGUCAAGUGUGGUAUUCAAUGCAAGCGCCGUCGGCAAAAACGCCGCUGAACUAUUCCCCACAACGAUCGGAGGCGCUACAAAAAUGUUUCGCUAUCAGCACAUAAUGCCCGCACCGGAGCUGAAGUCGAGCAACGGCGGCGUUGGCGGAGGCGCUGGUGCCGCGCUGAUCAAGACACGCAAGUACACGCCGCGUGGCAUGGCACUGGCGAACGCCUCCUCCAGCAAUAGCAGCAACAGCUCCUCCUCAUCCUCCAGCUGCUCGUCGCCCUACAACGUCGAUCAGUCGCAGUCGGUGCAGCGUCGCAAUGCCCGGGAAAGGAAUCGCGUCAAGCAGGUGAACAAUAGCUUCGCCCGCCUCCGUCAGCACAUACCGCAGUCCAUUAUCGCCGAUCUGACCAAGGGCGGCGGUCGGGGACCGCACAAGAAAAUCUCCAAGGUGGACACACUGCGCAUCGCUGUCGAGUACAUACGCCGGCUGCAGGACCUUGUUGACGAUCUGAACGGCGGACCGAGCACAAACAGCUGCACUCCCACGGCAGCCCAAUUCAAUCUGUGCCUGGACGAGACCAGCAGCCAGAGCUCCAAUUCGAGCAGCAGCUCCACUGCCAGCUCCAGCGCCAGCCAGCAGCUCGCCCAGCAGCUCUACUACAGCAGCGCGCUGUUAACGCAAGCCAAUGCCACCGCCACGCCCACAGCGCUGCAGCAGCAGCAGCAAUUGCAGCGCCAACAGUAUCCCAAUCAUCCGCUAACGCCCAUCACACUGAACGCCAACAAUGCACAGACAGCAAUUCCAGCGACAACAACAACGACGACGACGUCAUCGAUGAUGAGCUCGACAGCCACAACAAAUAUCGCCGGUGGCUGCCAUUCGCCCACAUCCUCGUUCAACUCGAGCAUGUCCUUCGACUCGGGCACCUACGAGGCGCAGCCACAGCAAUUGUCGCCACCUGUGGCCGCCAUGGACGCUCAGCUGCAGCUCAAGUUCGAGCCAUACGAGCACUUUCAGCUCGACGAGGAGGACUGCACGCCCGACGACGAGGAAAUUCUCGACUAUAUAUCGCUCUGGCAGGAGCAGUAAAAAUACUAAAAAAAAGAAAAAAAACAUGCACACAGAAAUUUCAAAACUUCAAAAAAUUCCUGCUGUUUUGCUAUCUAGUCAAAUAUUUUGAGUUGAACCAAGUGCCUCAAACUGUAAAUAGACUCAGUUCUUAGAUCUAAGCCACAAUUUUUU